AGAAGAGUGUGUCCCAGUCGAGACAUCGAACGUUUUGGUAAAGCAUCGGCGUGGCGCGAUUCUAGUCCGGGAUUUCAGUCGAAAUACUUUUUAAGUAAACUACUAUCUUAUACAGUUGCUGUAGUUAGAUUGUGAAUGAAUCAAAGUGUUGAAAAAAAAACAAAUAGGCAAAAAAAGUUCAGUCGGUUUGAAAAGUUGAUACACAAGUGCUAAAUCAGAAAAAAAGGUGAAUAAAGAAGAAGAAUAGUUUUAACCAGGAAGAAAAAGUCAAUUGAACUAAAUUUGUGGUGUACUUACCUCGGAUGGGGUAUGAAGAUAUUCGAUGAAAGUGGGAUUUAACUAAGAUCGUUCGACGGCAGUGUAUUUUGAGGGUUUCAGUAACCAUUUUCGAGGGUUGUAUUUUGUGAGUGAAGUUUUGAGAUACAACAUCAGUGUUUGAAAACCUUUUUUGUGAUCCCCUUUUAAAGGAUUUUCCUACUAGAAGUGUUUUCCCUCUUUGGAAAACCCUCGAAUUACAAGUGUGGUGGUUUCAAUAGACGGUGCUGCUGAGGAAGAAGAACCUUUUGGAUUAUCUCAACUCUUUCAACUUUUGUAGCAGUCGACGUUUCGAUUGAUGUAGUUGUAUAUUAUCAAGAAAUUGAACCCAACAUCAUAGCCAAGAAACCGUGUAGAAUAGCGGUGGCGACCAAAAGAUGGCAGUCAAAAGUAAACUCCUGAGAGUGGAUUUGCAUUUUGGCUGCCCGCAGCAACAACAGGAAGGGAUACCAGAAGAACAACAACCACAACAACAGUCAUCGUCAUCGUCAUCUCCGGCUUCGGUAGUUCCAUCCUAAAGAAUCUUCGACCACUUUGCGUCGUCGUGAUUUGUUCCCUGCAACCGCCUUGGGGUUAUAAGAGAAAAAAAGGCCAGAAGGACGAAAUUUAUUAUAACAACUCUUUUGGGAGUGUACUUAUCUCGAUCAUCGCCGCAACAUCACUCUUUCCCCGGGUUUUCUGGUAGAACAUCUGUAAUGAAAAAAGUUUUUUUCGGCGGACACUACUAAGGACUCUCUGCUCCGGUCGGAAAGUUGCAUCGCAAGCGGAAAAUGAACCCCCAAUAGAACCGGGAAAGUUGGUCAAGUGAAUUAAUUACUUCUGCCCGGGCGAGGAAGAAAAAUCUUCAAGGGUCGGGCAUAUGCUGAAGGGUUUCCAACGGUACCACAUUAGACGAAUGUUGGUUUAUCAUCGAUCUCAUCCACGUCGCCAUCAUCUUCACCAUCGGCCACAAACGGCCGCCGGAUCGUCGUCGAAGUCGCACAGCCAUCAAGGAGACCCCGAUGGCAGCAGUUUACUGGUAGUGUCACCGCCAUCAUCAUCUUGAUCCGGUUAUAGAUUUUUCUAACACCACCACUAGGCGAUUGUAGAGCGCACUUUUGUAGCCGGGGAAAAAUCACAUGAAAGUUGCGCCAAUUCAACAUCAAGGUACAGAAGGAGAAUAAGAGGAAAGGAACCGACAGCAUUUAUGAAUAUCGUGCCAAGAUAAUCGCAAAACAAUUAGCAUUCUAAGCUAGAACGAACGCGCAUCGUAUCCGGGCGUUUUACCGGACAAAAAAGACAGACACACAAAAUUCGUUUAAUCUUUUACACAUACGGAAACGGAACGCACAUAUCCGGAUCCCACAGAGAAAACGUUUAGGAACCUAGGAGAAAAAGAAGUCAAAUCAGCCCACAGUGUGCCUGGUGUGUCCAUCACACAACCGCAAGCAACGUCGCCACAAUAUCUUUGAAACCAAACCAAACCAAAAAAAAAUCACAAUAUUAUUAAACAAGGAAAAUCAAUCGGCACAACAUUAGCCUGUAAAUAAGCAUUUAAACAUUGAAAAACAGAAAUAAAAUCGCCGUAUCCUACAUAGAAUUGGCCGAAGGCGAAAAAGUUUCAAGUCCAGCCAAGCAUCUUUUGGCAAAGCGAGAACCCUCUUUACAAAAGUACCGUUUAAGGAUCGAUUCCCGAAACCUGUAGAUUAGUUUAACUUUUUCGGAACCCACUCUUUUAAGUAGACAAAAAAAAGCCGAAAUGGGUAACAAAUGCUGCAGCAAACGGCAGGACCAGGAACUGGCCCUCGGCUAUCCUGGUGGGGGUUACAAAAAGGGAGAAAACUCCUUCAGUUCCAACAUGUCCGGGGGACCCAAACACAAUGGCGGGGGCGUAGGCGGAGGCGGUUCCCUGGAUUCACGCUACACACCGGACCCGAACCGGGGGCAGCUGAUCAAACACCCCAAGGGCGGGGUGGACAUCAUCCGGCCGAGGACGACACCGCUCCAUCCCGGCCUCUCGACGCGCCGCGUCGUGGUGGCCCUGUACAACUACAACGCCCGGGAGGAAACCGACGUCAGCUUCGUCAAGGGCGACCGGAUGGAGGUGCUGGACGACACCGAAUCGGACUGGUGGCGGGUGGUCCAUCUGCGGACCCGCCAGGAGGGCCUUAUCCCCUGGAAUUUCGUCGCCGAGGAUCGCAGCGUCAACAGUGAAGAUUGGUUCUUCGAAAACGUAUCGCGCAAGGAGGCCGACAAGCUGCUGCUGGCGACGGAGAAUCCCCGCGGAACAUUCCUGGUGCGACCGUCGGAGCACAAUCCGAACGGGUUCUCACUUUCGGUGAAGGAUUGGGAGGAAACUAGAGGCUACCACGUGAAGCACUACAAGAUCAAACCGCUCGAUAACGGUGGCUACUACAUCGCAACGAAUCAGACCUUCCCCUCGCUGCCGGCCCUGGUGAUGGCGUAUUCCAAAAACGCCCUCGGCCUGUGUCACGUCCUGUCCAGUCCAUGUCCGAAGCCACAGCCACAGGUGUGGGACCUAGGCCCAGAGCUGAGGGACAAGUGGGAGAUCAAUCGCAACGAGAUUCAACUGAUCAGGAAGUUAGGGCACGGUAACUUUGGAGAGGUUUACUACGGCAAGUGGCGUAACAACAUCGAAGUGGCUGUCAAGACACUGCGUGAGGGUACGAUGUCUACACAGGCCUUCCUUCAAGAGGCGGCUAUCAUGAAGAAGUUCCGUCACAGCCGGCUAGUGGCUCUGUACGCGGUUUGUUCGAAGGAAGAACCGAUCUACAUCGUCCAGGAGUACAUGUCCAAGGGCAGUUUGCUGGACUAUCUGCGAACGGGUGAUGGUCAGUUCCUGCAAUUUGAGGACCUGAUCUACAUAGCCGCCCAAGUGGCCUCCGGGAUGGAAUACCUGGAACUGAAACAGCUCAUACAUCGGGAUCUGGCCGCCCGUAACGUACUGAUAGGGGAGAAUAACAUAGCAAAGAUCUGUGAUUUCGGUCUGGCCCGGGUGAUAGCCGAUGAUGAGUACUGUCCGAAGCAGGGUUCCCGGUUCCCGGUCAAGUGGACGGCUCCGGAAGCAAUCGUCUACGGCAAGUUCUCCAUCAAGUCGGACGUCUGGUCCUACGGCAUCCUGUUGAUGGAGCUAUUUACCUAUGGUCAAGUGCCCUACCCGGGAAUGCACAGCCGCGAGGUGAUCGAACAGAUCGAACGGGGCUACCGAAUGCCAAAGCCAACGAAUCACCACCUGCCGGACGACAUCUACGCACUGAUGCUCAAGUGCUGGGACGCGAUACCGGAGAAACGUCCGACGUUCGAGUUCUUGAACCACUACUUCCAGAACUUUACCGUCACCUCGGAGGUGCCCUAUCGGGAGGUCCAGGACUAAGCUGCUCCUUCCCAAAAGAGCAAACUCUCUUUCAUUUCAGAAUAGUAGUUCUUUUGUUUGGUUUGCUAUUUGCAUUCGAGUAGUUUAGGCGUACAUGGUAGAAGCACACUUCAAAUAACAACCUAAAAAAAGAGAUAAAAAACGAUACGUUACGGAAAACGUACUUGUUUAGCUUAACACUGAAAGCUGUGUUACUUUUUAAACGAAUAAGUUAAGAGAAGAAGCGUCAAAUCCACUCUCUAGGGUGGUGAAGCAUUUAGCUCGCGAGAAAAAUAAAAGUGGUGUAGAGAUAGUUACAUUUAUAAAUUUCUUUUAAAGUGACUUUAGAAUAAAUUUCGUUUCAAUCACCCUUUCUGUAUUUCAAAAUUACCUAUACGUAUUCAUAUCAAUAAAAUGUUUAAUUUCAAAAAAAGUAAUCUUUAUUCAAGUUUCAAGGAACACCAAAGCUAGAAAAUUUAAAAAUAACUGUCCCAAAACUUGAAUAUUUCUUAAAGCUUAAUUUUUGUUUUCAACUCAUUUACUUCACCACUUUUGAACCAAAAGCGUCGUACAUCAACAAAGCUGAAAGUCGAUCACCGCUCUAGAGAGACAAAAACAAAGGAAAAACAUGAACUGAAAACUAAUCGUAGAGAGAAAAUUAAAAUAAAUUAAAAGAUAAAAAAAACACCGCAACAACAACAACAAAAAUCGCUGAGCUGAAAACUAGAAAACUAGUCGUGAAAGCAAAAAACAACAACAAAAAGAAAAACUUCUUUUGUAAUAUAGUUUCUUAAAUAUAUUUGGGGUAGAGUUACAGUUAAUGCUAUUUAGUCAUGAUGAUAGAUGAUAAAUUUCACAGAAGCGCAGACAUACACACGCGUGAACAUUCGAUUGUUCAACAACCUACACACAUCCAAACUCAAUCAAGUCGCUUGAUACAUCCACCUAGAUAGAUGGUCUCUUAGAAAAUCGUUAGUGUUAGUUUGUUUUUUGAUUUUUACUACAGAAAAAAUUCGCUAAGUGUUUACUGGAUCCUUUGAUUUAAUAUAUUAGUCAUUCGGUAAUUUUACCGAAAUUUUGGAUAAAAUUACCCAACAAACUUAUUAAAUUUACAGUGCACUCGACAGUUUUACCGAUGUAUUUGUCAACUUUUAAUUGGUCGAUAAUUUUCUAACCAAAUUUUGAUCUUCCUACCGAAAAUUUCUUUUCACAUUUUCGAUCAAUUUUUCGAAAAUUUGAGUAGUCAGCCUUUUCGCCGAAAUUCUGGUAAAUAUUACUGGAAUUUUUUUUUAACAAUAUGCUCGAUAGUUUUUAUCGCGCUGUAGUUUAAACUUAUCAGUUGGCCGGUGAUUUUUAAAAGUUAAUUCGAUUGUCGAUCAGUUAUACUGCCAAUUUUACAAAAUCGUUGAAAAAUUGUCGUUUUAUAUGCAUGGUAAUUUUGACAAUAUUUGAACUUUUUCAACUCACGUUCAGAUGAACUUGCUUGCAGCUCAUUCGAGAGAAAAAUUUAGCCUGGAGGAGCCAACAUUAAAAGGCAAAAUUUGGCAAAUCCCAUCACAAAUCUCCUUUGAAAUUCUAGGAAAGUCUGUACAGAUGAUGGCCGCAUAGCGAAAACUAAUUUUCGAAACCGGCAUGUGCUAACCAGAUUGGACGUUCUGAACCAGUUUUCCAAAUUCGAUAAUUAUUUCCAAAGAAAACAAGUUAAAAGUUAAAUAUUAUUGUCACUGUUUUGUUAGAUAAUUACUAAGAAGUCUUGGAAUUUUAAUGUCAAUUGUCAACAUCAACAUUUAGAAAUUUUAUAAAACGGGUGCCCAGUGCUUUUCAAUGACAAAUUUAUUUACAAGGUUAAAAAACACUGUUGAACUACUUAUUGGAUCAAAGUUCAGUACGGUGAUAGUUUUUUGUAUUAAAAGUCAACAAAGGCCCUUUUAUAGAUAGUUUUUCUUUCAGUUUUAAUUAUUUUGAUGAUUUCUACACAGUUUGUAAAUGUAGGAAUCCAGUUAGAAACAAAAAGACAAAACGAACAAAAUAAAACAUUGAAAAACUGCCAUCGUUCUUUUGAAAAAAAAAAAAACCAUGAGAAAAUGUAAGUGUCACACUUUGUGAAAAGUUAAAUGAGAAUGUUUUAUCAGAGCAUCUUUAUCCGGGGUUCCAAAUAGCCGAUUUAGUUAGAUCAAAUUUCUGACCAAAGCAAGGCUUUAAGAACUGGUUUAAGGAUUAUUCCAAAACUGAUGAGAUUUGGAUCCAAAUUGACGCCAGUACAAAACCGUUUGACAGUUGGUGGAACACGAGUGGGGUUGUAAGUUUUUCAACCGGAUUAGAUCUAAAUUCGUUGGUUCAAUUCUUGAAUAAAUUAAAACCAGGAAUAGACCAGGGAUACAGGUGCUCUCAGUGUAGUCAGUUUUUUUUUAUUUUGGUUAAAUUUUCUUCUGUUCAAACCAACAAUCAAGAAACUUCAAACUAGCAACCUAACAAAGAGAGUAGAGUUAGGUGAGAGUGGAUUCAUUCGAGGUUUUACACGUGAAAGAAAAGUGUGUGCGUGUUAAUGGGGUUUUCUUUCUCUUACAAGAUUGUGUGCGUGAAUUAGUAGAUCAAACAUACACACAUACGAACAUCACAACAGCACUUUAAAGACACAAACAAAGCCGCCAUUUUAGGUUAUCUAGAUGAGCUGCACGAGUCAUGUCUUUUUUAAGCGGUCGUAAAGUCGUAAACUGAUCUGAAAUCUGAAAUACACACAAAUAAGAAAAAUACACACCUAAACCUAAACUGAAAGACAGCCGCUGUAGUUCUUUACAAAAAUACGUAUGUGCGUGAGUAAACUGUAACAGUAUAGGAAGCAAAAAAAAAACAAAUGUACGCAUUGAAAAUAAUAAAUAAAAAGAAAUCUAAUUAUAAGUAAUCGAAACAUCUGAAGGUAAAAAAAAACAAAA